AUGGCCAGUUUCGUAGAUAAUUGCACGGCUACGGGCAGCCGCUGCCCGCGCGUCUUCCUCGCACACGAACCCUCGCUGGCGGGGAACGCCAUCUUCCUCGUUCUCUUCGCCGCUCUGGUCCCCGUCGCCUUCGGCCUGGGACUCAAGUACAGGAGCCCGUUCUUCGCCACCGCGAUCACGACGGGGCUUGCCCUGGAGGCUGUGGGAUAUAUCGGCCGCGUGCUGUUGCACAGCGACACGGCUGAUAGGAAUUUCUUCGUUCUGUUCUUGGUCGGCACGGUGCUGGGCCCGACGUUUGUCUGCGUGGCGGUGUUCCUCGUCAUGCCGCGGAUUGUCGCUAUAUAUGGGGACAACUUCCGCUCGUGGAGGCCGAUAUGGUAUCGCUUUUUAUUCUACGUUGUGACGACGGUGGUCGUCAUGCUAGAACUGGCAGGGGGGAUUAUCGCCGUGAUGCGAGAUGGUACCGACGAUAUCAAUACAGGUAUCCGGCUUCUUGUUGCGGGACUCGCUAUUCAACUUGUUGCCCUGGUGGCUUUCGUUGGCCACGCUAUGCUAUUCGCGAUCGCCGUGCGUACGAGGCAUCAUAUUCUAGAUACAAAGUUUGUCCGUAUUUACAGCAAACGGCCAUAUAAGGCAUUCAUCGCUGCGUUCUCGUUGGCAACUUUACUCCUUAUCAUUCGAACCGCUUACCGAAUCAUUGCGAUCGCAGAGGGCUUCAACAGCUCGAUCGCACAGUCUGAAACAUUGAUGUUCGCGUUAGAUGGGCUGACGGUACUACUCGCCGUUUUGCUCUUGCUCGUUUGGUUCCCGGGACGCAUUCUAGGGCCUUCCUCCCCGAGGCCGGCGCCCCGACGAAAAUCUAAAAUACAACACUCCGCUAAAAUACCACGGUCGAUACAGCUUAUCCCGUACGAGUUACCGUCGACCCAGAGCAGCCCCUCGUUUGACAAAUCGAAAUCGAAGAUCAAGUAUCCUGCGAUGGCUCAUCCUGCCAAUAGGUCACAGCAAAGAGAGGCAUCGUUGCAGAGGAACUUGGUUGAUAGCGAUACUUUGUGGUGA